CUCGUAAUCAUCGACUGGACGCCACCAAACGAGCUUGAUCAGUCCAUCCAUCUCUCUCUCUCUCUCUCUCUCUCUCUCUCUCCUCAAAUUUCCUUUAUUUAAUUCCCUCCUAAAGCAUUUCCUUCUCCUCCAUUUCUCAACCAAGACACAGAAAAAGCAAAUCCACUUUCUCUUCAAUUCUGAUCUGUGAUGGGAGUUUGGUCCGUGAAGCCUCAGCUUUUGAUAAUAAUUUCAGUGUUAUUAUUAAGAGAUGCAGCAGCAGCAGCAGCAGCAGCUGGCUGUGCCUAUGGACAAUGCAAGCUGCUUGAAAACUGCUCAUCGGACGGUGAUUGUGCAGCGGGAUCGUCUUGCUCCUCCUGCCGCGGUGCCUUUUCCGGUUCCAUGUGUGUGAGGUCAUUCGUUACAAACCAAUUCAAGCUGUUGAAUAACUCGCUACCAUUCAAUAAGUAUGCAUUUUUGACAACUCAUAAUGCCUUCGCUAUCCGAGGAGAGCCUUCUCACACGGGAGGUCCUCGCAUUACCAUUACAAACCAAGAAGAUAGCAUCACUCAACAGCUAAAUAAUGGAGUUCGAGGCCUAAUGCUGGACACGUAUGAUUUCAAAGGAGAUGUGUGGUUGUGCCAUUCUUUUGGAGGGGAAUGCAAAGACUACACCGCAUUUGAACCGGCUAUUGACACACUGAGGGAGAUAGAAGCUUUCCUAUCGGCAAACCCAUCGGAGAUUGUGACAUUGAUAUUAGAAGAUUAUGUGAAAGCCCCAAAUGGAUUGACCAAGGUGUUUACAGAGGCCGGGUUGAUGAAAUACUGGUUCCCUCUUGCCCAAAUGCCUAAAAAUGGUCAGGAUUGGCCCCUUGUUGUCGACAUGGUCACUAAUAACCACAGGCUCCUCGUCUUUACUUCCAUUAGAUCCAAGGAGCAAACAGAAGGCAUUGCUUAUCAAUGGAAUUACAUGGUUGAGAAUCAGUAUGGGGAUGGAGGAGUGCACGCAGGAAGGUGUCCGGCAAGGGAAAACUCAGCGCCAUUAAAUGACGCGACCAAAUCUCUAGUGCUGGUUAAUCAUUUUAGGUCGGCUGGCACAGCGAAGAAUGCGUGCGUGCUCAACUCCGACCCGCUUUUGGACAUGCUCCGCACCUGUCAUGAUGCCGCCGGCGGCCGAUGGGCUAACUUCGUCGCCGUCGACUAUUACAAGAGGAGUGAUGGUGGAGGAGCAUCUCAAGCUGUAGAUAUGUUGAACGGGGAGUUACUUUGUGGGUGCAACGACCUACAUUCAUGUUUGCCUGGAGCAACCUGUAUUCCAUAGAGAUGGAGAGAGAGAACCCAAGUGCUGUAAAGGAAAGAGGGUCGUUGCACUAUUUAUUUUUAUUUACAUAUUUGCCAUGCUUUUACAAUUAACUAUUUUUUAAUAUUAAGUUAGGCCUUAAUUUUAAGGGUACAAAA